AUGGGCGUAGGUGACCACAUCAUGGUUGUUACUCUGGGUGCCAACCUAGAACUGGACGAGUCGUCUGCCAUCCGACAUGCAGAUGAACUGAAUGAUGCUGACGUCGUCAUAGCACAGGCUAGAGUAUGCCAAAGCGGUAACAAGAAAAUAUUUGAAUUGGCUAAGGAGAGAGGAGUCCUCACGCUAUGCAAUCCAGCGCCGAGCGAUCAUUGUGAGGACCGAUCGAUUAUGGAGUUAGUCGACAUUUUGUGCGUAAAUGAGCUCGAGGUACUAUUUUAA